AUGGCAGGCCCCGUGACCGUGGCAACCAGCCUCCUGCUCCUUGCGCUGUGCACCUACGGCAUGGCCCCUGCAGCCUCUGUGAUCAUCCCCUCUUCCUGUUGCAUAUCCUUCAUUUCCAAGAAAAUUCCCGAGAGCCGAGUGAUAAGCUACCAGCUGUCAAACGAGAGCGUCUGCCCCAAGGCCGGAGUGAUCUUCACCACCAGGAAGGGCCACAGGUUCUGUGCUGACCCCAAGCUGCUGUGGGUCCAGAGGUACGUGAAGAACUUGGAUGACAAGUGGAAGAAAGCCUCCACUAGGACCAAGCUGAUGGGUGCCAAAGUCGCUGUCCAGAGGCACCCUGCCAACCGCACCUUCAUCUAA